GAGGGUAUUGCAAAGCUCGCAGCCGACGCAAUUCCAUCGCCGGGCGGUGCACUGAAGGCACAGCUCGAGAGGAUGGAUAUGCCUGUGGACGAAAGUGUCCUUCUGCUGCAGCAUCAGCGAGAGUUGAAAGCGAAAAGUCGCUUGGAAAAGGCACAGCGACAGAUGGCCAAGGGCCGAGGCAAGGAGGCAGAAAAGGGCCAUGAUGAUGAUGAGCCAAAGGCGAAAAGGAGGAAGAGCCAGGCCCAGUUCGUCGUGUCGGAUGUUAUGGCCGAGCUGCGGGAGAUCGCAAAUCACCACCAAUUCCCGUUGCCAGAUCCAGAGCAGCAGACCAAGAGGUGCUACACGAUCAGGGAUCCGACCAUGCAGGGCCACAGCAGCAUCACAUUGAUGGCAAAUCAGUAUGGGUUCUAUGUGCCAACCGUGGCUCUGGACCAUGUGGUGCGAGACUUUGCAAAGGCCUUCGGUAUCGCAGCCACUGCUCUGCAUGAUUAG